GGGAGGCCGGCCACAUGUCAUGGGCGACGGCGGCCGCCCUCAAUGUCACUGCUAAUGGUGGGGCGGACAAGGGGAGCAGGACGGAAGAUGGAGAGCCUGGUCACCGCUGCCCUGCUGAUGGUCGGGGCGCUGUGCUGGGCGCUGCCAGUCAGACAGAACUCUUUGCAGUGUGAUCCAGGGAAGCAGUAUGGACAUCUUGGACGAUGCUGCAAUAAAUGCCCACCAGGAACACACAUGAAAGCAAAAUGUACUUCCACUGCAAAUACUACGUGCAGUCCCUGCGGCCCUAAUGAAUACAUGAGUGUUUGGAAUGAAGAUUUAAAGUGCACUCUUCACAUGGUUUGUGAUCCAGGGAAAGUUUUACGUGUGACUUUUAAUGGGAACAGUACAUACCCUCGGGAAUGUGAGUGCAUUGAAGGAUACCACUUUGAUACCAAACAAGAAAUAUGUAUGGAGAAUGUCAAGUGCCCCCCUGGAUCUGGAGUUCAGAUACCAGUCCAAUCAAAUAAAAAUACUGUCUGUGUACCAUGCCCUGUGGGAUAUUAUACCAACUCUACAUCGGCAACAGAUGGAUGCACCCGCUGGACAAACUGCACAGAUCUUGGAUUACAAGAGAUCGUUCCUGGCUCUAACAUGUCUGAUGCUUUCUGUGAUCGUUACAUUGUCCCACAGGAUUUGACAAAGGUGGUAAUCCUAAUUAUUUUCCCUAUUGUGGCAUCAGGGAUUGUGAUAUGCAUCAUCUAUGCUGUGUGCCAUAGGAAGAAAUUCAGUGCACUCAUAGCACAACUUCAGGAUUGGCUACGGCAAAGUUGUGACCAAGAACAUGAAUCUCAGUUAAAAACACCAUUCAGUGACCAGGGCGAGGAUUGCAUACACAAAGCCUAUGCUUUUUCAGAGGAAUGCAGUCUUCUAAAAGAAUCAGUGGUUCCCCAGGGCAGAAUGAUUCCAACAGAAAAUGAAUACAUGGACCCGAGAGGAUCACCUGAACCUGAGAAUGAGAGUAUGGUUGCACGUAUGGGCUCAACAUCGGAUAGUGAAAUUGGCUCUCCAGGAACAUUUCUUGGCUUUUCAGAUACCAGUUCAGACAGACUGCUGUCUCCUUCACAGGAAGAAGGCGUCAGUAUUCCUCUGUAUUCCCACCAUCAUUGUGGUCAGUCUGCCAAAGAAAUUCAGGACAACUCUGCCAGAGAUCCUGUGGAUAAUGUGUGCGGACAUUAUGCCUCUCAGCACACGUUUCAUGUAUUCUCACAGGCAGCACAUCCUACCCCAGAGAGAAGCGAUGGAGAGGAGCCAUGUUCUUGCUGCACUGACAGGCAGUUUUCAAGAAAUGGGAGUAGUGCCAGCAGCACCCCUACUACAGAUAUCCCACCACCUUCAUCAGGAAAUCAUAACACAACAGUUCUUUCAACUGCUCCUGUAAUGAACAUUAAAACAGAUCUUGUUGUCGUGUACUAUAAUGCAAGCUCCCAAGACACCCACACAGCGACAGAAAACGAGGACACCACGAGGAGGCCAAUGCAGGAGGAGAACCAGAGCCAUUACGACAGCUUUGUGGCCAACACUCAGUCCCCCAGGUACACAGAUAUCCCCUGCUCUUCAGUGGCAGAUACAGACACAAAAAUGUUUGCCGAUGAGUUGAUGAGCCCUAGCUGCCUGGACACGUUUAGUCAAGAUCACCCCAAUAUCUUUUUCUCUCCAAAUACAAACGUUGUACCUGUGCAAGAAGAAGGAAAGCCAGAAUUUUAUCUUUAAUGUCAGUUAUUUCAUGUGGAAUCUGUACUGUCAGCAAUGUUGUUUAUCAGGAGCUUCAGGAAAGCUUGGAAGGCUGGCUUGGAAUGAACAUCAACCAGGAUAAGAUUUUCCAAACUUUUUUUUUAAAACUUUUUAAACUUUCUACUACUUUAAAUGUCUGACGUCUGUCUGGUGCUUAUUUUCCAAUGUCAUGUAUUUAUCUGUGUUGUGACCUUGGAAGGGGAAUUUGUACACUAUAUCACUUUUACCAAGCUUUAUCUUUUAAGGGCUCUUUACACAGGCUGAGAGUCCUCCAGAUAAUCGUGAACAAGCGUUCAUAGGAAUGCUCAUUAGCGAUUAUUUGGUGCCCCCGAUGAACCAGAUGAACGAGAGAAAC